CCUCAAGCUCUUGCAAAGACUGACUUCACAAAAGAUUCAAGCAUGGCGUUACCACUCCCCGCCGGUUUAACGCCGCCGGAGGUCGCUUUUUUGUGUGAAAUGGAGCUCGUGACUGUAAUUCCGCGACAGAGACUCGAGAGCUUGCAGUUGCUAGGAGGAAUCACGCCAGCCUUGCAGCCUCCGCAUAGAAACGACAUACCGUUGUGGCUCGCUCUGCUCUUGAAGAAACAAAAACGCGCAAACAUAAUACCGCCGCCCUGGUUACACCCGGCGUCUCUUUCCCAAAUACUCGAAUUCGAGACGGAACAUUCUAAAGAGGCGUUUUCGCCGCCGCCUAAGCUUCCACCAGGAAGUAGUACGACGAGUCCGCCUUUUUUGCCGUCAGCAACCGCCGAGGCGCAGCCGGAUGCAUUGCCAUAUCACUGGCUGGAGCUAGGCGAAAUGCUUUUGCAGGCUGCGCCUGAUGAUUUUGAAGACGUGGAUCAGGUCAGGAGAUUGAUGAGGGACCUGCGCGAGGUGCGGAUGGCCAAGUUACGGGCAGGCGUGGACGAAUUGGAUGCCGCUGGAGGGCUAAGGUUAAACGGUGUUGGUGGGAUGGAGCUUGCCGAGGGUAGACUGUUCAUUGGCGGCGUUAUUGAUGGACUGAGGAAGAUAAAUGCUAGUAAAGAGCAAGCGAGGCGGGAGAGAGAAGCUGAAGAGCAAGAGAACGGCUAUGCUGGCGGCGGCUACGACGACGACGAUAUGCUAUAAUCGCUAAUGAUACCCCUG